AUGUCUGACAUCGACAAAAAAAGAGAAUCCAACUCGCUAUCACCCCAGGAAAGCAAUAUCGGGGAGCUUGAGCCUGAGGAUGACCAAAACGUCUUUAAGAUCACAGACGACGGUCCAGACUUCCGUGGCCUCACCUGCUUUGGUGCUGCCCUGUUGGUGGUGAAAACCCAGUUUGGUCUCGGCAUUCUAGGUCUUCCACAUACUUUCCAUGUUUUGGGAGUUGUUCCCGGUCUCAUUGUGUUGAUAACGCUUUGCAUCUUGACAACCUGGAGUGGCAUUGUCGUGGGCCAUUUCCGUCUUCGUCAUCCUCAUACUUACAGUAUUGGCGAUGCUGCUGAGAUCAUGUUUGGUCCUGCUGGAAGAGAAGUCAUGGGUGCUGCUUUCUGGUUGUUCUACACCUUGGCCUACGGUGCCACUGUUUUGACCGUUUCCAUCGCGUUCAACGCCAUCACCGAACACGCUACUUGCACAACAGUGUGGACGGCUGUGGGUGCCAUUAUUUCGCUUAUUUUGGGUGUGGCCACCAGAACCCUCAAAACCAUGUCCUGGUUGAGUCUUGCAGCCAUUAUUUCCUUGUUUAUCUCCGUGUGGAUCGUCGCCAUCGCCUGUCUUGCCCAGUCGACCCCUGCAGCUGCUCCAGCUGGUGAGCCACUUGAUAAAGGUAUUUCUGCUGUGGCUACAGGUCAUUCGUAUGCUGCAAUUGCCAGUGCCGUGGCUACUCAGCUUGCUGGACUCAGUGGAACCGCCUCUUUCUUCACGAUCCACGCGGAAAUGAAGGACCAGACCCAGUACAACAAGGCCUUGAUCUUGGGCCAGGGUUUCGUCACAUUCAACUACAUCGUCAUUACUUGCAUGAUCUACCUCAAGGUGGGCAACUACGUCACCUCGCCUGCUUUGGGCUCGGCCGGCACGCUUAUCAAAAAGAUCUGUUACGGUAUCUCCUUGCCUGGUCUUAUUGUGUCGUGCUUCUUUUUGGCCCACUUGGCUGGAAAAUACUGCUUGGUUCGUCUCCUCAGAGGCACCAGACACCUCCAGGCCAACACCUUCGUUCACUGGCUGACGUGGAUUUCCAUGAUGUCCUUGUCGAUCAUUUUCGGUUUCAUCAUUGCCAGCGCCAUUCCCUUUUUUGGUGAUUUGGUGGCCCUCAUUGCCGCUUUGUUCGGUACCACCUUCACCCUUAUUGUUCCCGGCUUCAUUGCCAUCUACAACAUGGGCAGCUACGUCAAAAAGGAAGGCGACCACUUGCUCACAUGGUUGCCGUUGUGCAACAGGGCAUGGAAAAAGAGCCGCAGCAACAUCAUCAACGCCUCGUUGGCGUGGUUUUGCAUCGUUUUCGGUACCUACAUCUUGGUUACCGGUACAUACGGUGCUGUUCAGUCCAUUGUCGAUGGAUACAACAACGGCACGGUUUCGCUGGCCUUCUCGUGUGAGGAUAACAGCGGCUAG